AUGAGCUCAACACCACCCAAUCGGCCUCCAGUGACACGACCCCCUCCUGGCCCAAGCGGUCCGCCUAUGAAAAUCCGCCGACUCAAGGUUGACCCGUUGGUUCGACCCAAGAAGAAGCGAAUUCCGUUAUCGCCAGGACCAGGACCAGGACAUCCCGGAGCAGGUCCAGUUGCGAACGGGAGAGUAGGAUCUCCACGACCGCGACCUCUGCAAACAGCGCCCAGAUCGCAACCUUCAGCUACACAACCCAAAUCUGCUAUUCCCAGCGCAGACGACCUUACUGUAAACGGAUUCAGCGGACCGUUACUUUCUAAGACCUACGUCGAUUAUCCAUUGGUAACCACCAAGCGCGCCUGGCGAGAGGGAUUAAAACACCAUGUUGCGAAGUUUGCCUCAAAGAAGAAUAUAGACCCGAGAGAUGAGUCGCAGUUUACGCGACCAGUUCGGUUGCAGCGGCGCGAUCCUCGAGCUUCGAAUAUUGGACCGGCGUCUGAAAAAGAUGAUCAGCCUUCACGGAGACACGGUGAACUCAACGAGGCUGAGCGGGAGGAGUUGGAGGCGAAGAAAGCCGCUAGAGAGAAGCAACGGGCAGACAACCUGGCGCAGAUUGCCCCGUCGGCUGCGGUUACACAGAAAAAGACGAACGCGCUGAAGCAACGGACCCAGCAGGUGUUCAAGUCUGAGAUGAAUCCGGAGGAAAUUGUGAAAGCCAGGAUUAAGUACGAGGAGGCACUGCCUUGGCAUCUGGACGAUUUCGAUAAUAAAGGUACUUGGGUUGGGAAUUAUGAAGCGGCGAUGUCCGAAACGUAUGCGAUGUUCGUGCUUCAAAAUGAUGGAAAGAUGCGCAUGGUACCCCUCGACAAGUGGUACAAGUUCACAACCAAAACCCCUUUCAAGACCCUAAGUAUUGAAGAAGCGGAGAAGUUCAUGGCGAAGAAGAUUAAGGAUCCCCGAUGGUUCAUGGAGAAGGAACAGGAUAGAGCCCAGAAGAAAGCUCUGGAGGAGUAUGCGAAACAGAGUAGACUCUUCACCGGCAGGAAAGAAGGGCAUACAAGAGUUAGCGAGGGGUUUGAAAGAGAUGACUUGGAUUUCGAGGAAGACAGAUUCGCUGACGAUGAAGAACAUGUCGGCAUCUUUGACGAGGAUGAAGAUGCCAAGACGGCUGAGAAGAGAAUAAAAGAGGAUCAGCUCAAGGCGAACAUCUUUGAUCUGAAAGAUGAACGCAUGUACGAUGAAGAGGAAAAUCAGGAGAAGAAAGAAAAGGAGGCCCUUAGAAAUUUUGGAAAACAUGUUCGGAAAGCUCUGCAGCGGAGGGAGAAGAAUUUCGAUUAUAGCAGUGGCUCAGAUGCCAAUCCAUAUUCUGACGAGAGCUCGGAUGAUUCCGAAACAGAGCAACUAAAGGAAGAAAAGCCCGAAGAGGAACGCGGAAAGAAAGAAAAGGGCAAAGAAUCUGACAAGAACUCCGGUAUAUCAACAAAAGGGACGAAUACUCCUUCAGGUCGUCUAAAACAUACGGACCCGCUCGGCAAGAAGGCCGCAUCCCGCGCUGCCCGAAAACGACCCGGCUCCCCAAAUCUCUCCGAAGCCAGUGGCACAGAUACCGGUCGUAAAAAGCCCAAGAAUAAGCACGCCGAUGUCCAGGUCGAGUCGCGUACUAUGUCCCCAGGUCCCUCCGGCCAGCGCAAGCCAAACGUAGCAGCAGACCAGGCCAGCAAGAAACGUGGCCGAAACGGGGCCCCUGGAUCUGGCAGCGAUGGUGAACGAGGCGCAGGCUCUGGGGCCGAGAUGAGCGAUUCUGCUGCGGCAGGAAGCAAGAAACUCAAGCUGAACCCGCCAGGUGUGUUGUCGAAGAUGGGGACACCGCGGGGUUCGCGUCCAGGGAGUCCAAGAGUUAAUUCGCCAGUCCCUCCAACGCGCACCUCCUCCCCCGGUUUAACUACACCUGUAUCCACAAACCUCGCCUUCCCCACGGCGUUAGAAAUCCACUCCGCCAUCCCGGCCACCGGUAUUGCCAGCGCCGAGCUGCUGAAGAUUUUCCGCCCUCGCAUUGGGGAUUCGAAGGAGAAUCAUCGCAAGUUUAUUGCGAUUGUGAGAGAUGUGAGCAUUUAUGGGAAAGAGGAUAAGUUGUUGAGACCUGGCGUUUUGAAGGAGGGAACGGGGUGA